UCUUGGAAACAGCGCCCCCACCUCUCCGUCCUCCUCUGCUUGCACGGUUAAACAAAAACCACUGACUUGAAUCGAACACUCCCACUUCUUCACCAUCCGCCGUCGCUUCUGCACCACAUCGUCCUGCGAACAACUGAUCAUGGUGUCCCAUAAGGAGUUCGUGGGAGCUGGAAAGCAGCCAGGUCUGCAAAUAUGGCGCAUCGAGAACUUGGACCUGAAGCCGGUUCCCAAAGCUCUGUUUGGCAGCUUCUUCACCGGGGAUGCUUACCUGCUGCUGUUCACCACCUCUGCCCCGUCAUACAACAUCCACAUGUGGCUGGGGGAGGAGUGUUCACGGGAUGAGAGUGGAGCGGCGGCCAUCUUUGCCACGCAGCUCGAUGACUUCCUUGGCGGGGGGCCGGUGCAGUACAGGGAGGUGCAGGACUGUGAGUCCAACACCUUCAUGGGAUACUUCAAGUCUGGAAUCAAGUACCAGGACGGCACAUUGCGGGAUGAUUCCGCCCCCAAGAAAGGAGGCGUGGCUUCUGGAUUCCAGCAUGUCGUCAUCAAUGACAUGAAUGUCAAGCGUCUGCUCCACAUCAAGGGUCGCAGGGCCAUCAGGGCCACAGAGGUGGACAUGAGCUGGCGCAGCUUCAACAAGGGGGACUGCUUCAUUGUUGACCUGGGAAAGGACGUGUACCAGUGGUGCGGCAGCGAGUGCAACCGCUUUGAGAGACUGAAGGCGUCAGAGCUCGCCAUCGGCAUCAGGGAUAAUGAGAGAAACGGCAGAGCCAAGCUGCACAUGGUGGAAGAAGGGGAGGAACCACAGGCCAUUGUUGAUGCUCUGGGACCCAAGACCGCCAUCGCUCCCGCCACUCCAGAUGACGACAAAGUGGACACCGCCAACAGGAACAAGGGCGCCCUCUACAUGAUCUCAGAUGCUUCAGGGUCCAUGACUGUGUCCAUGGUCGCUCCGUCCAGCCCCUUCAAACAGGCCAUGCUGUCUCAUGAGGAGUGCUACAUCCUGGACAACGGCGUGGACAGCAACAUCUUCGUGUGGAAAGGUCCCAAGGCCAACAUGUGUGAACGCAAAGCAGCCAUGUCUGCAGGCGUGCAGUUCAUCAAAGACAAGAACUACGCCAAGAAUUGCCAGAUCCAGGUCCUUCCAGCAGGAGGUGAGACGACUCUCUUCAAGCAGUUCUUCUGCGACUGGAAGGACAAAGAUGAGACGACAGGUCCCAGCAAGGCUUACACCAUGGGCCGCAUCGCCAAGGUGGCGAAAGUCCCCUUCGACGCCUCCAGCCUGCACGCCAACAAGGCCAUGGCCGCCCAGCACGGCAUGGUGGAUGACGGCAGAGGCAAGAUGGAGAUCUGGCGGGUUGAGAAGGGAGCUAAGGUGCCUGUGGCUCCUGCUUCCUACGGCCACUUCUAUGGUGGAGACUGCUACAUCAUUCUCUACAGCUACAGUCAGGGACACAUCAUUUACACAUGGCAGGGACUGAAGAGCACCCAGGAUGAACUGGCCGCCUCAGCCUUCCUCACCGUUCAGCUGGAUGACUCAAUGGGAGGAUCCCCUGUUCAGGUGAGGGUCACGCAGGGUCAGGAGCCGCCCCACCUCAUGACCCUGUUCCAGGGCAAACCCAUGAUCAUCCAUUCUGGGGGAACCUCUCGCCAAGGUGGCCAGACGGCUGCCGCCACCACUCGUCUCUUCCACAUCCGUCAGAGCUCCUCUGGCGCCACCCGGGCGGUGGAGGUGGAGGCGUCUUCCUCCAGCCUGAACAGCAACGACGUCUUCGUGCUGAAAACCCCGACGAAGGUGUUUGUGUGGCAUGGAGUGGGGGCCAGCGGCGAAGAGGUCAAGGCUGCCAAGCAUGUGGUGGACUUCUUUGGUGGUGCUGCCACUGAGGUCUCAGAGGGCAAAGAGCCAGCUGAUAUGUGGUCCGCUCUGGGAGGGAAGAAGGAGUACCAAAGCUCUAAGAGCCUCCAGAACAUGGUGAAGCCUCCACGUCUCUUUGGCUGCUCCAACAAAACUGGAAGACUCAUUGUGGAGGAGGUCCCUGGAGACUUCACCCAGUCAGAUCUGGCCACUGAUGAUGUCAUGCUGCUGGACACCUGGGACCAGAUCUUCCUGUGGGUCGGCAAUGAGGCAAAUGAGGAGGAGAGGACCGGAGCCCCUAAAAUAGCUAAGGAGUAUGUUAAUACUGAUCCGUCGGGCCGCAGCGGCCUCCCCAUCACCACCAUCAAACAGGGGUCAGAACCCCCCACGUUCACCGGCUGGUUCCAGGCCUGGGACCCGAAAAUGUGGGAGACGGAUCCACUGGACAGAAUCCGUGCUCGUUUUUAAGCCAGCUUUUCUUUUGCUCUUCCUUAAAUCUUACCUGCACUUUUGACCUCAAACCCCCAAGUGCCAAAAUAUCACCACUCCAGUCAGGUCGCAGCGACGCUCCUCGUGUCAUUGACAGAAUCCACUCAUCCUAUUUUAGACUAGAUUCAGCGCCUCCGGAACAGGAAACUUGAUUUUAAAAAAAGAGGUUUGGGACAGUGGUUUACAUUGCUUUGUCUAUUGUGUUUCUUUGUCGGUACUGAAAGGUUCAAUGUUUACCUGAAGUUGCAAACAGCAUUCUUUACUUUGUGCUACAAGCUAGCGUGAUGUGUCAGCGCCAACUCUCGACCCCGGGAUGCUCACGUGACCACUUCAAAAUAAAACCGCCAGUAUCAUAGCGCCUCUGUGUGUGUGU